AUGGGCAAGAACAAGAAGUCCUCCGUACCUGACGAGCAGCACCUACACCUUCCGCGUCUCUCCUCCAUCCCAGAGGGCAUAAUCACACCAAUCGUUGAUACGCAUACGCACCUGCACUCGACCUUCGGUGCCUAUCGCAGCAAGUAUCCGUCCGGGCGCUAUGAGACCCACGGCUCCUUCGACUUCGUGCGGGGGAUGUAUGACGGGCGAGGCGUGGAGGCGAUUGUGGACGUAUGGUGCGAGGCGCCGGUGCUGAAGCAGGCGUGGAGGGAGCUCGCGGACUCUGCGCUGACGGAGGAAGGGAGGAAGAGCCAGUGGGCGGGUAUGGAGUAUUGGUUCGUUAUGGGUGCGUAUCAACACGAAGCGAAGCUCUACUCGGAUGAAGUAGAGAAUGAUAUCCUAGAAGCGAUGGCCCAUCCACGCUGCGUCGGCUGGGGCGAAAUAGGCCUAGAUUACCAUUACGAUAACUCUCCCCGUGAACUCCAGCAGCAAGUCUUCACCCGCCAGCUCCGGCAUGCUGUACGUCUCGGUAAGCCGCUCACCAUCCACACGCGCGAGGCGGAGGAGGACACGGAGAGGAUAAUGAAGGAAGAGGUGCCGAAGGACCAUAAGAUCCAUAUACACUGCUGUACGGACUCGCCGGAGUGGGCUGCGCGAAUGCUGGAGCACUUCCCCAAUCUAUACAUCGGCAUCACAGGCGUCAUCACUUACUCUUCGAACCUCAACACCGCCAACGUCAUCCGCCAUCUUACCUCCUCGCCAUCGUCUUCUCUGCGCAUUCUCCUCGAGACAGACGCGCCUUUCAUGGUACCGUCAAACUUAUACGACACCGCGCUCAAGGGCGUGAAGGGCCGUCUGCCGUUGAGCCACAGCGCGAUGAUCCCGUGGACUGCAGAGUUCGUCACCGGAGUCGCAAACGAGAUGAAGACGGGGGUGGAGGUGGAGGCGGGGAGCGCAGAGACGUGGGAUGCGGAGAGGGUGAUGCGCGUAGCGAGGGAGAACGCGAGUAACAUGUACGGCGUUUGA